AUGGGCGUCAAUGAGGAGACGCUGCGCCAGCACGAGCUGCAGGCCGAGCUGCAAGAGGCCCUGCGCAACUACACGCCUGGCACCGCCGCCGAGAAGAAGCUGCUGCGCAAGAUUGACCUGCGCUUGAUGCCUGUGCUGUGGAUCAUGUAUAUCCUCAACUAUGUCGAUCGCACCAACAUUGGCAAUGCCAAAACGGCCGGCAUGGCUGAUGCUCUCAACCUCGACGACCAGCGCUACGCAUGGGUCAUCUCCAUCUUCUUCUUCGGCUACCUGCUCUGCGAGGUCCCGUCCAACAUGAUCCUGUCGCGGACGAAGCCAUCGUGGUUCCUCCCCGGCAUCAUGAUCGUGUGGGGCGCCCUCAGCGCCGCCAUGUCCGCCUCCAAGACGUACGGCGCCAUGCUCGCCUUCCGCUUCAUCGUCGGCUGCAUCGAGUCGGGCUUCUUCCCCGGCGUGCUCUACCUGCUGAGCUGCUGGUACACGAGCGCGGAGCUAGGCAAGCGCUUCACCAUCUUCUACACCGCGUCCACCCUCUCGGGCGCCUUUGGUGGGCUCCUCGCUGGCGCCAUCACCGACCACCUGCACAACGCGCACGGCAUCGCGGGGUGGCGCUGGCUGUUCAUCGUCGAGGGCGUCGCGACGACGGGCGUAGCCAUGAUUGCCAUCUUCAUCCUGCCCGACUACCCAAGCACGACGGCGGCCCUCACUCUCGAAGAGCGCCAACUCGCCACCAUCCGCCUGCUCGCCGACGGCUCCUCGUCCUCGUCCAACUCCUCCAAAGACGACGACUCCUCGGCCGCCCGCCUCUCCCACCGCGAGGCCUUCAUGGCCGCCGUCGUCGACUACCGCACCUGGUACUUCCUGAUCAUGAUCGUGCUCAACGUCGGCGCAGGCACAAUCUCGUACUUCAUCCCGACGCUGACCGAAACGCUCGGAUACAAAGGCGCAACCGCGCAAUACAUGACAGUCCCCGUGUACAUCGUCGCGGCGGUCAUCGCCAACUGCGCCGCCUUCAGCGCCGACCGCCUGCACGAGCGCCGUCUGCACGUCGCGACCUUCUACGCGCUCGGCUGCGCCUGCGCCAUCGUCUGCGCCGCCGUCACCCAGCCCAUAGUCCGCUACGUCAUGCUCUGCUUCACGGCCGCGGGCAUCUGGACCGCGCUGCCCAUCGCCCUCACCUGGAUCAGCCAGACGAUGGGCGCACCGGCCGAGAAACGCGCCAUCGUGCUCGCGCUCGUCAAUGCUUUCGGCAACCUCAGCUCGGUGUACGGCUCGCGCAUCUGGCCCGAUAGCGAUGGGCCCAACUACCCUAUUGGCUGGGGCGUGACGGCGGGGUUUUUGGGCGGCGCUACCGUCCUCGCUCUGCUUGCGCCCCUGGCGUUUAGAGCGCCGGUGAGACGCACCCCGGCCGAGUUGCGCAUGGUCGAGGCGUUGGGGCAGGGGGGUGCUGCUGGUGAGGACAGGGGCGCGGUUGUGCGUGAGGGGGAUGGAAACGGGGAUGAAGAAGCUGCUGCGCCUGCUGCUGCUGCUGCUGUUGCUGCGGGGGUAGGGGCGAAGCUUUAG